GGUGGGAUAAAACUGGUAGGCGAUGCCCGGUAGAUGGGAGCAAACUUCAGAAGACUGAAGAGACACCGGGCCCAGGGCACCCUUACUGGCAGAUCCAGGCAGGGAGGGUCUGUGGCCAGCCAGCCAGGUCUGUGCUGGGUAGCUGCGUGGUGCCUGGCGGCUGCCCGGACCUAUGUAAGGAAGCUACAGGAGUGCUCUACAGGCUGUGAAAGAUUCCCGGAGAUGCCUCACAACUCCAUCAGAUCCGGCUCUCCAUCACUACACUGGAAGCUUCAUGAAGGCCAUGGAGGGCUGAACCAGCUUGGAGGGGCCUUUGUGAAUGGCAGACCACUGCCAGAAGUGGUCCGCCAACGCAUCGUGGACUUGGCCCACCAGGGUGUUAGGCCCUGUGACAUCUCUCGCCAGCUCCGUGUCAGCCAUGGUUGUGUCAGCAAGAUCCUUGGCAGUAGGUACUACGAGACUGGCAGCAUCCGGCCUGGAGUGAUAGGAGGCUCCAAGCCCAAGGUGGCCACCCCCAAGGUGGUAGAGAAGAUUGGGGACUACAAGCGGCAGAACCCCACCAUGUUUGCCUGGGAAAUUCGAGAUCGGCUCCUGGCAGAGGGUGUCUGUGACAAUGAUACUGUGCCCAGUGUCAGCUCCAUCAACAGAAUCAUCCGGACAAAAGUGCAACAACCAUUCAAUCUUCCCAUGGACAACUGUGUGGCAAGCAAGUCCUUGAGCCCAGGACACACACUGAUCCCCAGCUCAGCGGUAACGCCUCCAGAGUCACCUCAGUCGGAUUCUCUGGGCUCCACCUACUCCAUCAAUGGGCUUCUGGGAAUUGCUCAGCCUGGAAGUGACAGCAAGAGGAAGAUGGAUGACAGUGACCAGGAAAGCUGCAGACUGAGCAUUGAUUCUCAGAGCAGCAGCAGCGCACCCCGAAAACAUCUUCGCACGGAUGCCUUCAGCCAGCAUCACCUGGAGGCAAUUGAGUGCCCUUUUGAGCGGCAGCACUACCCAGAGGCUUAUGCCUCCCCCAGCCACACCAAAGGUGAACAGGGGCUCUACCCACUGCCUUUGCUCAACAGUACCCUGGAGGAUGGGAAGGCCACCCUGACACCUUCCAAUACACCCCUGGGAAGAAACCUGUCAACUCACCAGACCUACCCUGUUGUGGCAGCAGAUCCUCAUUCACCCUUCGCCAUAAAGCAGGAAACCCCUGAGCUGUCCAGUUCUAGCUCCACCCCUUCCUCUUUAUCUAGCUCCGCCUUUUUGGAUCUGCAGCAAGUCGGCUCUGGGGGCCCAGCGGGUGCCUCGGUCCCAACCUUCAAUGCCUUUCCCCAUGCUGCCUCCGUGUAUGGGCAGUUCACGGGCCAGGCCCUCCUUUCAGGGCGAGAGAUGGUGGGGCCCACACUGCCAGGAUACCCACCCCACAUCCCUACCAGCGGACAGGGCAGCUAUGCCUCUUCUGCCAUCGCAGGCAUGGUGGCAGGAAGUGAAUACUCUGGCAAUGCCUACGGCCACACUCCCUAUUCCUCCUACAAUGAGGCCUGGCGAUUCCCCAACUCCAGCCUGUUAAGUUCCCCAUAUUAUUAUAGCUCCACAUCAAGGCCAAGCGUACCACCCACCACUGCCACAGCCUUUGACCAUCUGUAGUUGCCAUGGGGACAGUAGGAGCAAUCAGGCAACAGGAGGACUGGGCCUGGGACAGCCCCAGAGAAUCAUACAAAGGAAUCUUUAUUUAUUACACAAAAAACAACCACAAUUAUAGCAUUUCAGCUCACUUCCCUGUGUGGUUAAUUUAAUGAACCAUGAAAGACAGGAUGACCUUGGAGAAGGUCCUCCAAGACUCCUUUAAUGAGGGCCAGGAGUUCUACGAUAUGAGAACCAUCCUAUUCCAAAAGAGACAGUUUUGGAGGAGAAAUGUGUCCAGGCUGGUACCCACCAAAGGAAAGAAGAGGCAACACAAGGAACUUUGAAGGGGAUACAGUAAUACUGUCUGUGCCCAAAGGUGCACAAGGGCACCUGCAUGAUGCUGUCAUCAACACAACUUCAGCAACUGUGGACUGUAAGCAAGUCCUUCUGGCCCGUAAAUCAGCCUGGGGCCAAGUCUCUCCCCGUCAUUCACCCUGCAAGUCACCUCCUUCAGUCUUCAGCUACCUGCUCAGCUUUCUGCUCAGCUUGCUUGACUCUUCCUACACCUCCUUCCCAAUUGUGAGGAAGGGCUAGGUGAGUUAAUCAGCAACUUCACCAGGAUGUCAGCUGACCCACCCUCUGCCUGCUGCUGUGAGUUUACCAGCACCACCUUAGCCUCUCUUCCAGAGGCCUUUAGAGACCAGCCCAAAGCAGCUGGAGACACAAAUUCCUGAGGGCCUUCACACCUGGGAAGCACAGUGAGGACAAAGAACAUAUAAUGGCUGGGACCACUUCAUCUUCCCAACAGCACCUGUCACAUCAAGUGUAUUCUCUGCAACUCUGGCCCACAAGCCAUGCUGAAGCCACCCUCUGAAAGCAGCAACAGGUUUCCUCUCUGGCCCCCAUACCACUUGACUGUAAAUACUGUAAAUGAAUCUUUGAUUGGGUCAAGCUCCCCUCUUUACACUCUGCAGACUUUGGCCUCUGAGUGAAUUUUCUCCCUACCAUGUUGGGCUUUUCUCCUUAAUGUUUCCUUUUUUAAAGAAGACCCACCAUUACCACACAACUCAAUAAACCAUUACUCUUGGUCUCAGG